GAUUGUGCCGCUUUCCCCUCUUCUUGUAAUAAUUGCUCAACAAGUCUGUGUUUUUUGUUUUUUUGGGGGUGUGCCCCUCCCCCCCCAAAAAAGGUCUGUGCACUACCCUUCUCAUGACAGAGAGACACGCGCAAAGAGUGAGAAAUACAAACCGUGUGCACGCACACUCACACCGCUCAUGGAGACGCUCCAGUCCUCCAGUGACCUGAAGCUGUUACCUCCGCUGGAAAGUGGAAUCGGAAUUUCGCGGCUUACUGACGGGAUGACAGAAGUGAUGAACACCUGUGAUUCGACGGUGGGAGACUUCACCGUCGGAGGUGGGCCAGCAGACGAGGGUAUAUCCUUUCAGAUCUUUCCGGACUCCCUCGAGCGGUUCCCCAAGCUGUCGAAGCGGCUUCCGUCCAUCGUGGUGGAGCCCUCCGAGAGUGGGGAUGUGGAGAGUGGCGAGCUUCGCUGGCCCCCAGAUGACCUCAGUUCCCCUGACGACGACUCCGGAGAGGUUGAGGCCGAGGCAGUAGGCGGGGAUCAUCCCGAAGACGAAGAGCAAGUUGACAGAAUGAUGGGAGGAGUUUAAAACGGACUCUCGCAGGGCUGGCACCAUUCCAGCCAUUCACAGUGAGUUUCUCUAUGAUGGACAGCAGCAAGGAGGAGGGAGGGUCUUCAGGCUAAGCCCGUAAUUAAUAGAACCGCCAACAUGUUGGUAGACCUCCACACCACUUGGUGGGGCCGAGUCCUGCACGAUUGUCUUAAAUAGCUCUUACGUGCCAAACCUUAGUGGGUAGCUUGCUACUGUAAAUCAAUUGUUGCUUAUUUUACUUUAUGUUUCACAAUGCCAUUUUUAAGUACACCCCUUUCAGAGCUUAUCUGUGAUCUUAAGAUAUUGGAAAUAAAGACAGGAACACCUCUGUAUAUAAAAUGUUAAUGUAUCUGGCUAUCUUAGACCAAAGUCUAGAACACUGUACUCUUAUGAAAACUGUAUGUACACUGUAGAUAUACAGAUUUACACAGUGAGUUUGGAAGAGGAGAAUUCAUCCUUGUAUAGCUGUCAGCUUCUGCUCAAAUGCAUGUUAUUAUCUAUUAGUCCUUAUUACAGUUUUGUUUUCCUUUCAAACAACAGGAUUUGAAGCAUCAUUUUAUUACAAAGCACAUGUAUUUGAAAAAACAUAAUUUUCACAUAACUGUUUUAUUAUUUAAUAUUUUGCCCAAUUUCAUAGCGUGUCUGGGAUUGUUUUUGUUCAUUAAACUUAUAAACGCAACAUGUAAAGUGUUGGUCCCAUGUUUCAUGAGCUGAAAUAAAAGAUCCCAGAAAUUUUC